AUGGUCCGAAUGCAUACAUCCGCAGGGCUGGCGACGCUGGCCACUCUCACGGGACUAGUCGGUGCCGCCACACAAAUCACCGACGAUGAGAUGACAUCGCUCCUCAAUCUGGGCGGCGUGGAUUUGGCCGAUCGAUAUGCCCCGAUGUGGUUCUUUGGCCAAGCCAUGAAUCAACCCCCUUGCUAUCCAACCUGGGCCUUUAGUGGAUCGCCGUCGACCCCGGACAUUUACGAUAGCGCUCACCAGACCCCGGCCGCUCCCCAGUGCGAAUAUCCCGAUGUGGGCUGUCACUGCCGAAACCCAGGGGUGGGAAUUGGCAAUCGAGGUCCUGCGUUCCCGGUCUACUACACUUACCAGCGAUGCAGUGAUACCGAGGUGCGAGUGGCGUAUAAUCUCUUCUACGAGAAGGAUGGUGCCAAGGUUGGCGCCAUUGAAACGGGCCAUAACUACGACUGGGAACGAGUAAUUGUCAUCCACUCGCGUGAUGGCAACAACAUGUGGGCACCAUCUCGUGCCCUCCUCUCAGCUCACAGUGGCUAUCACAAUCUCGCCUGGGGUGAUAUUCAAAAUACCCUCACCACCGAGGAGAUCAACGCAGGCGAUGCCAAAACACCCAAUGGUGUCCAGAACAACGACCAUCCCAAGGUUUACGUGUCGUGGUCGAAACAUGCCAACUUUGAUACCCGCAACACUGGCUGGAAUGAUCCCAUCAGUCAAUCCUUGGAUGAUGCGUUUCGCAGCCAGGAUUGGUGGUAUUUUGUUGAUCCGCAGUAUUAUAUUCGGGCCGACCCGAGCACAGAUGCUGGUAAGGCUUUGGCCGCGGCCAACUGGGGUAGUGCCUCUAGUAAUCCACCUUCGGUCCAUGCGAGUAUUUGCAGCGCUUCAUAG